AUGGGGAAGAAGAAGCACCACGCCAAGGCCCCCGCGCCCGCGGCCGAGGCGCCCGCGGCGCCGCCGCCGCCGCCGACGCCCGCGGAGGAGGCCGCGGCCCCGGCGGCGGAGGCUGCCCCGGCGGCGCCGGCGCCGGCGCCGAUUUCGCCGCGCACCGUCGAGGCCAACGUCGGCGUGCUGCGGGCGACGAAGGGCUGCGUCGACCCCAUCCUCUACCCGAAGCAGCCGAAGAUCCCCAUGGCCGCGGAGAAGUACGAGCCGAAGCCCCCGGAGGACUGCCCGGACGGCAAGUGCACCUGGAAGUUCGGCGUCUGCACCAACGGCUGCGGCACGGGCCGCUGCGGCGUCUGCGGCAAGUGGGGCCAGAAGUUCUGUUUCAAGGUCGGCUCCGGCGGCAUCCACUGCCCCAAGGCGUCCUGGGAGCUCCUCCCGAACUACCCGGGGACGAAGCACCCGCGGAAGACCGUCGCGCCCUGGUCCCACACGGGCGAGGCCAACAUGAGCCUCCCCUGCCACUGCAUGGUGCCCUGCGGCAUCUUCGACGACCCGCGCGUCGUGAGCGAACUGAAGCAGGACGCGGCGACGAUCAAGAAGGCCAUGGUCCAGAUCACCGCGCUCGCCGGCAGCCGCGUCCCGCAGGACGUGAACCAGUGCACGCGCUGGGUGAUGACCAAGGAGGACCACGCUAACAAGAUCAUCAAGACGACGGCCGAGUACAUGCUCGCGCAGCGCGUCAAGGCGCCGGCCUUCGCGUCGCGGGCGGACUACGCGGAGGCGGUGAUCGCGCACCACGCGCUCCUCCAAGCAGCCAUGAAGGCGAAGCAGACCGUCGACGUCGCGCACUGCGACGCGCUCGACCACGCCAUCGACGACGUCGGCGCCAUGCACGUCGACGAGGGCGCCGUCCUCGCGGAGAUGUCGACGGCCGCGCCGCCGUUUCCGCACAAGGCGCUCGACGCGGCGGUCGUCGCGCACUGCGGCCGCGACCGCCUCGGCUCCGGCGCGGCCUGGGCCGACCACUGCGCCUUCCGCGGCGUCGACAUCUCGCCCGUCGUCCGCGCGGACGAGGGCGCGGCCGACGAGAAGCACCGCUACUACGCCCGCUACUCCGCCGGCGUCGUCGAGCCGCUGCACGUCAACUUCAAGGCGGACCUCGAGUGGGUCGUGCUCUCGGGCAAGUUCAAGGUCGAGGCGGGCCCCGUGAACCCCGUGCCCGGCCACCCCAAGGUCGCGGACACGCUCGUCGCGGGCUCGUGGUGGGCCGUCCCCCGCGGCCAGCCCCACGAGGUCACGUGCCUCGAGGCCGGCGUCGUCUUCGUCUCCUACAACGGCAGCCCCAUCAUGAAGCGCGCGCGCCGCGGCCGCGCGCCGGCCGCGGGCCGCGCGGGGGGGCGCGCUGACGGCGUCUUCGUGCGAGACGCGGCGAUGGCCGGCCGCGCCUGCCCGCGCUGCACGUUCGUCAACACCGAUGCGCCGAACGGCCGCUGCGUCCUCUGCUCCGCGCAGUUGCCCUCGUUGCGGCGCGCGCGCGCGGCGGCGGCGGCGCCCGUCGCCUCGCAAUCGCGCCAGCUGCGCCAGCUCGGCGACUUCCUGGGCUCGGGGCCCCGGGACGCCGCGCCGUCCGCGAUCGACGCGCCGCGCGCGGCCGCAGAGCGCGCGCGGCCGCCGACGCCGGAGGCCGUCGAGCCCGCCGGCCGGGACGCGGGGUCCGACGCGACGUUCCGGUCGGCGCUGGGCAAGUUCGCCGACCUCUCGCCGCCCGCGGACGACGACGCGCCCGCCGACGCGGAGGACGUCGACGCGGCGGACGAGAUGGAGGACGUCGACGCGGCCGAGGCGGAGGCGGAGGACGCCGCGCCGGCGGACCUCGAGAUGGAGGACGCCGCGCCGGCGGACCUCGAGAUGGAGGACGCCGCGCCGGCGGACGAGGAAGAGAUGGAGGACGUCGCGCCGGCGGACGAGGACGAGGAGCGCGCGUCGUCCGGCUCCGACGACGCGGACGACGACGACGACGACGACUACGACGACGAGGAUGACGACGACGACGACGACUUCGAGCGCGAGUUCGGGGGCCGCGGCGCCGCGCCGGCGACGCGGGACGCCGCCGAGCGCGACGCGUUCGCGCUCACGGACUCGCCGCUCGACACCCAGACCGAGGCGGCCGUGGCCGCCGCGGAGGCGUCGCUCGACCGCGAGCGCGACGCGGUGGUCGACCUCACGGACUCGCCGCUCGACACCCAGACCGAGGCGGCCGUGGCCGCCGCGGAGGCGUCGCUCGACCGCGAGCGCGGCGCCGCGGCCGCGGGCGCGCUCGCGAGCCGGCGCGUGCGCUUCGCGACGCACGCGACGUACCAGGGCGAGCGGCGCUACCUCUUCGAGGCCGAGGACGGCUUCGUCGCGACGACGGCGGACGUCGCGGCGGCGGGCGCCUACGGCGUCGACGCCGUGAGCGGCCUCGUGUCGGGCCUGCGCAAGGCCGGCGCGCGGCUCGCGGCGACGGCGGGCGCGAUCGCCGCCGCGGAGGCCGUCGUCGUCGUCGACCUCGGCGGCGGCCUCUGCUGCCUCCGCGUCGGCGGCGUCGAGAAGCACGCGUCGGCGCGCGGCCGGAGCGAGCACUUCAAGGUCGCGUCGGGCUACGGCCUCGUGCGCGGCUGGGAGACGUUCCGCGCGGAGGACCUCGGCGGCGCCGCCGCCGCGGCCGCCGCGGCCGCGCCGGCGGCGGCCGGCGCCGCGGCGCCGCCGCGGCCGCGGAAGCGGGGCUACUACGACGGCAAGGCGCCCCUCGCCGCGCCGGCGCCGGCGGCCGUCGCCGCCUGGGCGUCGCGGCCCGGCGCCGUCGCCGGCGGCGGCGUCGUCCUCGACCCGGCGGUCUCGGACCGGCUCCGGGACCACCAGCGCGCGGGCGUCGCGUUCCUCCUGGAACGCGCGCGCGGCGCCGGCGCCGGCGGCGGCCCGCCGCCGAUCCGCGGCGCGAUUUUGGCGGACGGCAUGGGCCUCGGCAAGACGGCGAUGGCGCUGUCCGCGGUCCACGGCCUGCUCCAGCAGGGCGGCGCGCGCAAGGCCGCCGUGCUCUGCCCCGCGUCCGUGCUCGACGGGUGGAAGAAGGAGAUCGCCAAGCUCAUGCCCAAGUGCAUGCGGCCCGUCGUGCUCCGCCAGUCCGAGUACGAGUACCCCGGCGCGGUCAAGCGCCAGCUCCGCGAGUUCCUCGAGUGCCCCGCGGCGCACGUGCUCCUCUGCUCCCACGACGCCGCGCGCGGCCACGCGGCGGCGCUGCUGCCCGUCUUGGACGUCGUCGUCGUCGACGAGGCGCACGCCUACAAGAACCCGAAGACCGCGUCCUACCGGGCGCUCGACGAGCACCUGCCGCGGGCCUGCGCGCGAUUGUUGCUCACGGGCACGCCGGCCCAGAACGAUCUCGGCGAGCUCCGCGCGCUCGUCGCGCUCGCGGCGGGCGACGCGGGCGACGCGACGCUCUGGCGCGGCGCGGCGAAGGAGGGCGCGACGGAGGCCGACGGCGCGGCGCUCCGGCGCUUCGUCGCGCCCGCGGUUUUGCGGCGCGACGCGCGCGAGGCCCUCGCGCGGAGCCUGCCGCCCCUCGAGGACCGUAUUGUGUUUGUCGACCUGUCGGCGACGCAGCGGCGGCUCUACGACGCGUUCCUCGAGACCAAGGCCGCGAGGCGCGCGGCGUCGUCGAACCGCCGCGGCACGGACGCGCUCGGCGCCGCGGGCGCGCUGCGGCUCCUCUGCUGCCACCCGGCGCUCUGGGACCGGGGCGAGGCCGCGGGCGACGCGCUCGAGCCGUCCAUCGUCGAGGCCGCGGCCGCGCUGCUGCCCGCGCGCGACGACGAGCCCCGGGCGCGCGAGUACGACGCCGGCGCCAAGGUCGCGUUCCUCCGCGCCGCGCUGCCGGCGCUCGCGGCGCGCGGCGAGCGCGUCGUCGUCGCGAGCGGCUACGUGUCCGCGCUGCGCCUCGUCGCGCGGCUCCUGCGGGACCUCGGCCUGUCGCACUGCCGCGUCGACGGGUCGACGUCCGCGGACGCGCGCGCGCGCGCCGUGGGCGCCUUCGCCGCGGGCGCCGCCGAGGCCGCGGCGGGCCGCGGCGAGCCGCCGCCGCCGGCCGUGCUGCUCCUCAGCAGCCGCGCGGGCGGCGCGGGCCUGAACCUGCCCGGCGCGUGCGUCCUCAUCCUCCUCGAGCCGGACUGGAACCCGGCCGUCGACGACCAGACCUGCGCGCGCGUCUGGCGCCCGGGCCAGGGCCGGCGCACGCGCGUGCUCCGCCUCGCCGCGGCGGGCACGCUCGAGGAGACGGUGCUCGCGCGCCAGGCGGAGAAGCAGGCGCUCUGGCGCGCCGCGGGCGUCGGCGGCCACGGCGCGCCGCCGCGCGACGCCGCCGCCCUCGCGCGGGGGCUCUUCGCGCCGGCCUGGAGGACCGCGGUGGACGCGCCGGACGCGCGGCGCGCGCUCGCGGACGCGACGAACGGCGGCGACGCCGACGCCGACGGCGCGGCGCACGGCGGCGCCGGCGACUCCGACGACGACGGCGCGGCGACGCUCCCCUACGGCGGCCGCGCGCCGCCGGCGGACGGCUGGCGCCGCCGCCGCGCGCCGCCCGCCGACGACGCCGAGGCGCGCGCGCUCGCGCGGCUCCUCGACGACGACGGCGACGACGGCGACGACGACGACGCGCCCGUCGACGACGACCCCGCCGUCGUCGCCGCGCGGGCCGUCGUGUCGCGCGUCCUCUUCCGGGCGACGACGCCGGCGCCCGGCUGGGAGACCGAGGCCGCCGCGGCCGUCGCCGCGGCCGCCGCGGCGAUCAAGCCCAAGGCGAAGCGCAAGGCGCCCGCGGCCGGCGCCGCGCCGCGCGUGCCCCGCUGGAAGCAGUUCCGCCGCCGGAAGAAGGCGGCGGCGUAA